AACCCAAUCAAUCUUUUCAUUUCCCUUCUCUCUUCUGCUCAGUUCUUCCCCAGUUCUUGGAGAGAGAGACACACACAACAACAUGGCCCGUCUCACCUUCUUCUCCUCCGCACUCAUCCUUCUGGUGAUCGCCGCCGUCGCCGCCGGAUCGAGCUUCGACGAGUCGAAUCCGAUCCAAAUGGUAUCCGACGGCCUCCGCGAAUUCGAGUCCCAUGUCCUCCAAGUCGUCGGCAACACCCGCCAUGCCCUCCGCUUCGCUCGAUUCGCCACCAAGUAUGGGAAGAAGUACGAGACUGUGGAGGAGAUGAAGCUCCGAUUCGGGAUAUUCUCCGAGAGUCUGAAGUUGAUCAGGUCCACUAACAGGAAGGGAUUGCCUUACACUCUUGGUGUCAAUCGUUUUGCGGACUGGACAUGGGAAGAGUUCAAAAAACACAGGUUGGGAGCUGCUCAAAACUGUUCUGCCACCACAAAGGGCAACCACAAGCUCACUGAUGCUGCUCUUCCUGUGACGAAAGACUGGAGAGAAGAAGGCAUAGUCAGCCCUGUUAAAGAUCAAGGCAGCUGUGGAUCAUGCUGGACAUUCAGUACCACUGGAGCUCUUGAAGCAGCUUACAAACAGGCAUUCGGCAAGCAUAUCUCUCUCUCCGAGCAGCAGCUCGUGGACUGCGCUGGAGCUUUCAACAACUUUGGAUGCAAUGGUGGAUUGCCAUCGCAGGCCUUCGAAUAUAUCAAGUACAACGGUGGCCUUGACACCGAGGAAGCUUAUCCUUACGCUGGAGUAAAUGGUCUUUGCAAGUUCAAACCAGAAAAUGUUGCUGUCCAAAUUGCAAAUUCUGUCAAUAUCACCUUGGGUGCUGAAGACGAAUUAAAGCAUGCAGUAGGACUCGUUCGGCCAGUGAGCGUGGCAUUUGAAGUAGUAAAUCCAUUCCGUUUAUACAAGGAAGGAGUAUUCACAAGCGUCACAUGUGGAAGCACUUCCCAGGACGUGAACCAUGCUGUGGUGGCAGUCGGGUAUGGAGUCGAAAAUGGCAUCCCAUACUGGCUCAUCAAGAACUCCUGGGGAGCAGAGUGGGGCGAUAACGGCUACUUCAAGAUGGAACUUGGAAAGAAUAUGUGCGGUGUUGCAACUUGUGCGUCAUACCCUAUCGUCGCCAUGUGAGUGAGAGCGAUUUAGAAGUAAUGGUGGGCCCUGGUGGGCGAUUUGUUACACGGGCUUUGGCUUGUCUCAGCCUGAGAAUAUCGCAGUCUAGUAUUUAAAGGGUCAUGGUCAAUAAUUUUAGUCUUGGGGUACACAAUAAGAUAACAAGACAGUCACUAUUAUGGUCAUUGUCAUGUAAUUUAAAGCAAAGCAAAGACCUCUUUUUUGUAAAUUAUUUAUAGAUGUUGAUGCCUACCUAAAUAAGCAAAUGAACGCACUCUUAGCCAAAUAAAUAAAUAAACGCAUUAAUAUUUGGUAA